AUGGUAGGAACGUUAUAUCUAUCUAUCGAUCUAUCUAUCUAUCUAUCUAUCUAUCUAUCUAUCUAUGUGGUUCUAAAAUCCCCUCUCUCUCUCUCUCUCCCUCUCUCCUCUCUCCUCUCUCUCUCUCCCCCUCUCUCUCCUCUCUCUCUCUCUCUCUCUCUCUCUCUCUAUAUAUAUAUAUAUAUAUAUAUAUACACAUACACGCCAUAUGUUCAUAUCUAUGUCCGUUUUUAUCUAUCUAUCUAUCUAUCGCUGUUCAUGUCUGUCUAUCAAUCUCUGUUCAUAUCUAUCUAUCUAUCUAUGUUCAUAUAUGUCCAUCGAUCUCUGUUCAUAUCUAUCUAUCUAUCUAUCUAUCGAUCUCUGUUCAUAUAUGUCCAUCGAUCUCUGUUCAUAUCUAUCUAUCUAUCUAUUUAUGUUCAUAUAUGUCCAUCGAUCUCUGUUCAUAUCUAUCUAUCUAUCUAUUACUUAACAUCUAUCUAUCUGUCUCAGUCUGCCUAUAUCUGUCAGUCUGUGUAUCUAUCUAUCUAUCUAUCUAUCUGUAAUAUGUAA